AUGAUAAUUCACGAAAUAGAUUAUAUUAAACCUGUAUCAUUGUUUAGUUUCAGCAGGAAGUUGCAUCACAGCAAUGCUAACACACUUACACAGUUAAUGGACAUUUGGAGUGGUAGUCAAAGUCCGGGCCUAUUCGGGUACAAACUUGAAGAAACAUAUGAUUUUGUGUCAUGGAUGUCACCAUACCUAAAUGACAUAGAGGGUCAUUCCAAACCACAUGCAUACAAAAUUUGUAGAAACGAAAUUGGAGAGGUUGUAUUGUUAUGGAAGGCAUGGCCAACAGAUGCUGAAUGGAAUUACUGUGCAGGAAGUGGUGGGAUAGGAAUUUUGACUGAGAAACCAAAGGGACUUCCGACGAAUGCCAAAACAAACAAAAUAACAACAGAUAGACUUAAAGCAGACUUGUCGAAGAACGAAAGGUUUUUUAAAAAAGAUGAACUAAGUUGGUGGUCAAACUUCUUUGAUGAGAUUGAAGAAGAUAAAGAGCAACUUACAGCACCUCUUGAGGAGUUGAGAAAAAUUGAAAAAACAGAAAUACGACAUGCGUUGACAGAUAACGUUGAUGAAUGUUACUCUGAUGAUGAAAUUCCAAUACAGGUGACGCUGAAAAGGAGAAGAUACACUAAAGAAGUUUAACGUGAAGCAGCAAAGGAAAAAAAGUGUAUCAGAUGUGCAGAAAUACCUUAACAGUUACAUUUAGUACAUGUAUAUUGCUAUAUCUUUCAUAAAUCAAAAUAAAAAUACACCAUGA